AUGGCUAUUAUGAUGAAUGAAAUGAUAAAACUCAGGAGUGAGCUGUCCAAAUCCAAGGCUGAAGUGUGUGUGUUGUGUGAUGGAUCUCACAAUUUGGAUGAUUGUCCCUCCAAAAUGGAAGAUGUCCAGUUUGUCAGGCAGGGCAAUGCCGGAGGAUUCAACAACUUCAACAAUUGGAGAAAUCAGCAGCAGCCUAAUUGGAACAAUGCACCACAAGAAGGGAGCUAUCAGAGGCCUACUCAACCCCCAGGAUUUCACAGACAAGAUGGCCAACCUCCCAAUUAUCAGAAUCAGCAACGUUCUAACCAGCAAUACAUACCAAGGGAAGAUGAAUGGAUUUCUGUGCAAAAUGCAAUCAAGAAUUUGGCGGAGCAAGCAACUGAAAAACCUAGAAUGGAGCAAAUUCAAUUCCCAGCACCAAUUAAGGAACCACAACAGCCAGCUCCAAUCUCACCAUAUCCGGAACAGAAAGGAAUUUCUCAUCCCAACUUGAUUUCAGAAAGUGCAGAAAUGUCAGACACUCAGGGUUUGUACAAAAUGCCGCCGGCCAGAAGAAAAGUUGCUGCCCGCAAAAGAGCUUCAAGCACCAGAGUCAUAAGCUCCUCUGAAAGCUCAUCGGAAAGGCAAAGAGUGCCUACCCCACCACCAUCCCCUGUCAGAGAACCUACUCCACCGCGGUCUCCUCAGCCACCAAGGGCUCUGCAAGAACAAGCCCUUGACGCUCUCACAGACGAGUUGGAGCCAAGAUUAGGCAGUGCAUUUGUUAGAGCUAUCAGCGUCAAUUGCAGCACAGAAGCUAUUAGGGCCAUCUGGAAACUACCAAGAGUCAGCACCGAUUACAGGGAUGCCAUCGCUGCCCUGCAUCCGAAUCAACCACUGGAACAAGCCGUUCUGUCUAGAUUGGCAAAAGAAGGCACAAGCUGGGAGAUGGAUGAUCAAGAAAACCCUCAGGGAUUCCCAGCAAAUGCAUUACAGGCGCCUGAUCUGAAUUUGUGGCACUAUUUCAUCUGCUGCAAUUUGAUGCCAACAUCCUACACUGCUAAGGUCACCUAUGAGAUGGCUAUGCCAUUGUCACAGACACACCAUUUGAUGCAGCCUCAGUCAUCAGAGAUCAACUAA